AUGACUAUGAUUGAAAAAUUAGAGACUAAGUCUGAUAGGGGACGUAGUAAAAAGGGUAGAGAAGCUAGGAAGGAGGAGAGUGUUGCUGAAAACUCUACAGAUGAAGCCGAGGAUGAUCUUAAUCGUGGUAGUGGGUUCCGUAGACAUAGGGGAGAGAGGUAUGAGAACCGGCCAAGGAGGGGACAUAUUCGGCCACAUAGGGAUUUUGAGUAUAGAGGGGAUUUUGAUGAUUUGGAAAAGAAGGUUAAGUUAGUUGCAGUGGAGUUUACUAAUUAUGUCAUGGUUUGGUGGGAGAGAUUGGUGGUAGAAAGAAGAAGGAAUAAAGAAAGACCAGGUAGUAAGAGCGUGAAGGAGUAUCAGAAAGAAUUAGAGGUGGCUAUGAUUAGAGCUAAUGUUAAUGAAGAUGAGGAAGUUACUAUGUCUAAGUUUUUGAAUGGCUUGAAUAGAGACAUAACUAAUGUUGUUAAGUUGCAAUCUUAUGUUGAAUUGGAAGAGUUAGUGCAUUUGGCCAUUAAGGUUGAAAGACAAUUGAAAAGGAAAGGUAGUACACAACCUGAAGCUUAUUCGGGGUCUUCUUCAAGUUGGAAGUUGAAUUAUAAGAGAGAGGGUAGUGUGUCAUUAAAGCCCUUAGUGACUUAUAAAGUUGUCGAACCUACCUCCGUGAAGAAGCAGUGUGCAAAUCGUCGAGUUAUGAUUCUAAAGGAUGAUGGAGAGAUUGUGUCCACUAGUGAGGAAUCUGUUUUUGAUGACAUGCCACCACUUGAGAAUUCUAGUGAUUUAGAGUAUGCUGUUGGUGAUAAAGUUUUGGUGAUUAGAAGGGUGAAUAGACAGGUGAUGAUUUCUUUUUCAGUAGGCAAGUAUAAGGAUGAAGUGUUAUGUGAUGUUGUGCUUAUGCAUGCUACUCAUAUGUUAUUAGGGAGGCCUUGGCAAUUUGAUAGAAAAGCCAAGCAUGAUGGGUUUAGGAAUAGGCAUUCAUUAAAGAAGGAUGGUAGAAUUUAUACACUUGCCCCACCAACACCAAAGCAAGUUAUUGUUAAAGUUCUUUCCCAGGAAUUUGAAGAUGUCUUUCCCGAAAAGAUUCCUAGUGGCUUACCGCCAAUUAGGGGAAUUGAACAUCAAAUCGACUUUGUUCAAGGAGCAUUUAUACCAAAUAGGUCGGCAUAUAGGAGCAAUCCUAAAGAGUCUAAGGAACUCCAACGGCAAGUGGAGGAGUUGAUGUUGAAAGGAUACAUUCGUGAGAGCAUGAGUCCUUAUGCAGUUCCCGUGCUUUUUAUCCCAAAGAAAGAUAAGACUUGGCAAAUAUGUGUCGAUUGCAAGGCUAUCAAUAACAUCACUGUAAAGUAUCAACAUCCUAUUCACAGAUUAGAUGAUAUGUUGGAUGAAUUGCAUGGUUCUAAAAUGUUUUCGAAAAUUGAUUUAAAAAGUGAGUAUCAUCAAAUUAGGAUGAAAGAAGGGGAUGGAUGGAAAACUGCUUUUAAAACUAAAUAUGGUUUGUAUGAGUGGUUAGUUAUGCUUUUUGGACUUACUAAUGCACCUAGUACUUUUAUGAGAUUGAUGAAUCAUGUUUUGCGUGCUUUCAUUGGUAAGUUUGUAGUUGUCUACUUUAAUGAUAUUUUGAUUUCCAAUAAGAAGUUUGAUGAGCAUAUGGAUCAUUUGAGACAAGUUUUUGAUGUGCUUAAAAAAGAGUUAUUAUAUGCUAAUUUGAAAAAAAGUGUGACUUUUGAAUAG